GCCCAAAAUCCCUUCCGUCCUCCGCUAAAUGCGAAUCGGAGACAAGGUCGAGGGGAGAUUUCAAUGGAGGAGAAGACCCUGAUGGCCACCAAUAGGGGGAAAAAGAUGGCCAAGCGGGCUUCAAGGCCGAAAAAUGGCAAACCCCCCAAGCGAUAGGCCUAGGCACAUCAAGUGCCUGCAAGUGAACCUCCAUCAUGCAAAGGCGGCCUCUGACGUCUUAUGCAGGAGGUUCAAAACAGAACUCUUGGAUGUCGCAUUCAUCCAAGAACCGUGGGUUUUCGCCGGGGCUAUUAAAGGCCUAAACGACUGUGAUGAGUUGACACAACAGGACUUAGCUGCUGUAUGGACUAAAGUGCCCACUCAAAUGGGAGAACAAGAGGUCGUUCUCGCUUCAGCUUACCUCCCAGGCGACAGCUGUGAGAUGCCCACAAGGGAAGUAAUAGCCCUAGAGGAGUACUGCAGAAGGAGAAAGCUGAAACUAAUAAUGAGCUGUGACGCCAAUGCCCAUCACUGUGUUUGGGGCAGCUCGGACACCAAUUCUAGAGGUGAGUCAUUUCUUGAAUUUAUCACUAAGAACAACUUAUUUAUUCUUAACCGGGGUAAUGAGCCGACCUUUGUCAAUGCUAUAAGAGGGGAGGUUCUAGACUUGACAAUUUCCUCAACUAGCUUGUCGACCUUUAUCUCAAACUGGCAUGUCUCAAAUGAGGUAUCUAUGUCGGACCACCGGCAUAUUCGAUUCGAUAUAGAAGCCCAAAGAGUAACAAACCAUGUUUACAGAAAUCCCAGAAAAACAAACUGGGAACUCUUUCGCCUCCACAUAGAGCGGGAAGUGAAUGGUUCUACCGCACCAAUUUCAUCCGUCUAUGAACUUUAG